AUGGCGACAACUAGAGCGGUCUUUUUAAUUUUAAUGUGGGCCUAUGCUAGUGGAUUGUCAAGUCCACCAGUUACAAGGAGUACAAUAUUUGGCGAUGAAAAACGAGUAGGAGAAAUAUUUGAAAAUAUUGACAUUGUUAAUGAUGACGCUAAUAAUUAUACGUUAUACCGACUUCCUACAACCACACGCCCAAAACAUUAUGAUAUUUUAUGGACGAUUGAUAUCAACCGACGUGUAUUUGGUGGCCAAGUUGAUAUAGAACUAUAUGCCACGCAACCAAAUGUUAGCGAAAUCGUAAUACAUGCCCAUGAAAUGAAUUAUUCCUUUGUGGAAUUGAAACAUAAUAAUGCAAUAAUACCACAGCAAUAUAGCUUACAACCUGAUGCAGAGUUUAUGAGAAUCAUUCUGCCAAAUAGUUCUAUGCAAUACAAUGCAUCUAACCCGGUCAUAUACGUACUUAGCGUUGGCUUUAGUGCAAGUCUAAGAAAAGAUAUGUAUGGCAUAUAUGAGAGUUGGUACAGAAACCCUGGAGAACAAGAAAAGUGGAUGGCUACAACUCAGUUCCAACCAACUUCAGCUCGAAAGGCAUUUCCUUGCUAUGACGAACCCAGUUUUAAAGCAACAUUCAACAUAACUAUCAGACGUCCAACUGAACUAAAAAGUUGGUCACUUACACGUAGAUUGUACACGGAGAAUGCAACUAUAGCAGGUUACCAAAAUGACAUUUAUAGUAAGACACCAGUGAUGUCCACGUAUCUCCUUGCUUUAAUCGUUGCUGAUUAUGACAGUAUAACUUUACCUAGCAAUGCGAGUGAGCAAUUCCAUUACGAGGUUAUUGCGAGAAGAUCAGUUCUUAGAAAUCAAGGCAACUAUGCUCUUAACCUAGGACAGAAUCUAACUGAAGUCAUGGGUAUUCAUGUGGGCAAAGAUUACUUCAGUUUGCAUGAGAAUCUAAAAAUGACACAUGCUGCUAUUCCUGAUUUCGGUGCUGGUGCUAUGGAAAACUUCGGACUUAUUACGUACAGGGAAGCGUACUUAAUGUAUGACGGAGAGCAUACAAAUGAUUAUUUUAAACAACUAAUAGCCUAUAUCCUGUCCCAUGAGAUAGCUCACAUGUGGUUCGGUAACUGGGUUACCUGUGACUUUUGGGACAAUACAUGGUUAAACGAAGGUUUCGCGAGGUACUACCAAUACUUUUUGACACAUUGGGUUGAGGGCUAUAUGGGUUUGGAUUCUCGUUUUAUUAACGAGCAACUUCACACAUCGCUACUAGCUGAUUCGUCUGACUCCGCCCAUGCAUUGACUAAUCCAAACAUUGGUAGUCCGAGUUCAAUAAGCAAUAUGUUUAGUACUAUAACUUACAAUAAAGGCGCAUCUGUAAUACGCAUGACUGAACACCUUCUUGGUUCACAAAUAUUCGAAAUGGGCUUAAGGAAAUAUUUGGUUGAUAACGCAUAUAAAACCGCGCGACCAAUUGAUCUUUUCGAAGCACUGCAAAACGUGAGUUUGUCCACUGGCGCAAUUUCACAGUACAGAGACUUCUCGUUUAUUGAAUAUUUUAAAAGUUGGACCGAACAGGCUGGGCACCCGAUAGUAAAUGUGCAAGUUAACCAUCAAACCGGAGAUAUGGUGAUUACACAGCGUCGUUUUAGCAUAAAUACUGGUUUAUCCCGCAAUAACAAGCAGUAUGUUAUACCGCUCACAUUCACAAGUGCUGACAAUAUAGAUUUUGAUAACUUAAAACCGAGUCACAUAAUGAAGGAUGGUGUUGUCGUAAUUAAUCGGGGUAGCGUAGGAAACCACUGGGUCAUCUUCAACAAACAGCAGACAGGAUUUUACAGAGUCAACUAUGAUGAUUACACUUGGGACCUCAUAACUGCUGCCCUCCGCAGUCCAAACAGAACGUUGAUUCAUGAAUAUAACAGGGCACAAAUUGUGAACGAUGUGUUUCAAUUCGCAAGGUCUGGCCUAAUGCCCUAUAAUAAAGCUUUCAACAUUCUGUCAUUCCUGGAAAAUGAAACUGCAUAUACUCCUUGGGUUGCUGCAAUUACUGGCUUUAACUGGAUUAGGAAUAGAUUCGCUGGUACCAAUUAUUCAGCUCCACUCGAGGGCCUUAUAGCAAAAUGGGCAUCAACGGCCAUGAAUCAACUUACAUACUAUCCCCAACAAAAUGACACUUUCAUGACUUCAUACUUACGAUACCAGCUUGCACCAUUCAUGUGCAGCAUGAAUGUUCAAGAGUGCCUUAACGCUGCUGAAACACAAUUUCGUGCAUUAGUUAACAAUCGAACGGAGUUGAUAAAUAAUAUCGUUGAAGAGAAUUUUGUUAUCCGAAAACAAGAUUAUACAACUGCUUUCAACACCAUAUUCAAUGGAGAAUAUGAAAACGUACAAAUAGCCUUCCGCUUUAUCCAAAGAAACCUCACCCAAGUACUGACAGCAUUCGAAUCUGCAAGUCCGAUUUCCAAUAUAGCUUCAAGAUUAAGAUCGGCACAAGAAAUCAAUGCUUUUAUAAGUUGGGCUACACAAAAUAACAAUACACUGGGACAGUAUUACAAUGCUGUUGUAAACCAGGCUCAGACUACCCAAAGCAGUUUAGAUUGGGCUGUAGAAGUUCAAGACGAUAUUGGUCAGUAUCUUGAUGAAGGUGAUAUAGAAAUUACCACGACAACAUUUGCACCACCAUCGACACCACAAAUAUCAACAAUUACUCCCCCACCUUUGGUUGAACCGGAGUCACCCAAUCUACCAGAUUCCUCCGGUUUACUGGCUCUAAGCCCAAUACCAGUUGCCGAAGAUGAAUGGGAGGAAUUUUCCAGAAGCCUGCGGAGCCCUGCUUACCGCUUACCAAACACUACAAGGCCAUCGAGAUAUGAAAUAAGUUUGACUCCUUAUUUCGAUGUUAUUCCAACACCUAAUAUUCCACCAUUUUCUUUCGAUGGUCAAGUAUCAAUUUGGAUACAAGCCACACAAUCUGGAGUUCGAGAAAUAGUUAUGCAUUGUAAUAGUUUAGUCAUAAAUACCGUAACAGUAUCGUUGAAUAAUACUGCUAUGAAUUUGACCAAUUCAAAUUUUACUUGUGAAAUGCCAUAUGCUUUUCUAAGAAUUGGUACUAGUGAACCUCUUCAAAUGGGCCAAGAAUACGUAAUAAAUAUAAACUACAGGGGUUUCUUCCAAACAAACAUGCGAGGUUUUUACCGAAGCUGGUACAGGGAUUCUACUGGUUUUAAGUGGAUGGGUACAACGCAAUUCCAGCCUGGCCACGCUCGUCAAGCUUUCCCUUGCUAUGAUGAACCCUCUUUUAAAGCAUACUUUGAUAUAACUAUUCAUAGAGAACCAAGUUUCAGUCCAAGUAUUUCAAAUAUGCCAAUAAAAUCGACUUCAACAAUAUCUGUUCCUGGACGAGUCUCAGAGACAUUCUUCACAACGCCUUUAACUUCCACUUAUUUGGUAGCAUUUAUUGUAUCCCAUUACGAUCGCGUCGAAUCAAAUGGUAGCCCUAAUAGACCAUUUCAUAUUUAUGCACGGAAUAAUGCAGGUAUUACUGGGAACUAUUCACUAGUAAUGGGAGAAAAACUUCUAGAGGCUAUGGAAAACUAUACUCAAAUACCAUAUUACACUAUGGCAAGAAAUAUUACUAUGCAACAGGCCGCUAUUCCUGAUUUUUCUGCAGGUGCCAUGGAAAACUGGGGAUUGUUAACCUACAGAGAGGCACUUAUUUUGUUUGAUCCUCAAAAUACUAAUAACUUCUAUAAACAGCGUGUUGCUAAUAUUGUAUCUCACGAAGUUGCCCACAUGUGGUUCGGAAAUCUUGUAACUUGUGCUUGGUGGGACAAUUUAUGGCUAAAUGAAGGAUUUGCAAGAUUUUACCAAUACUAUCUAACACAUUCGGUUGAUAAAGAUCUCGGAUUUGAUAUUCGCUUUAUUGUGGAACAACUCCAGACUGCUAUGAUUUCGGAUUCUAUUGAUUCUGCGCAUGCUUUAAUCAACCCCAAUGUAAAUGAUCCUACAAGUGUGUCUAACCAUUUUUCCACUAUAACUUAUGCUAGAGGCGCUUCUGUAUUAAGAAUGACGCAGCACUUCUUAGGGGAAACUACAUAUUUAAAAGGUCUCCGAAAAUACCUUAGGGCUAGGCAAUUUGAUGUAGCGGAACCACAACAUUUAUUUAAUGCUCUGGACGAAGCUGCACGUGAAGAUGGUGCUUUGUCAGCAUAUGGUGGAAUCACUAUUAACUCAUAUUUCCGAUCAUGGGCUGAGAAAGCUGGACAUCCACUUCUCACUGUUAACAUUAAUCAGACUUCUGGACUAAUGACUGUUAGACAGGCUCGCUGGGAACGCAAUACUGGUGUUUCAAAUUUCACAAGCAUAUGGGAAGUACCAAUAACGUGGACCAGAGCAGGCGCUCCAGACUUUAACAAUCUGAAACCGUCUCAAGUGAUAACAACUGAUGUAACCAAUAUUGAACGAGGAACACGGGGGCUCGAAUGGGUUAUAUUUAAUAAACAGGAAUCAGGAUUCUACAGGGUAAAUUAUGAUGACAAUAAUUGGGCCUUGUUAACAAGAGCUCUGAGAAGUUCAAAUAGGACCGUUAUACAUGAAUUAAAUCGCGCACAGAUUGUGGAUGAUUUAUUCCAAUUAGCAAGAGCUGGGGUUAUGACAUACACUAGAGCUUUUAAUAUACUCUCGUUCUUAGAGUUUGAAGAUUCUUAUGCACCUUGGAUAGCAGCAAUCGCAGGCUUUAAUUUCGCCAGGAAUAGACUUAUAUAUGAUACUACUAAUAUGCAAAGGCUUCAUACUUUGGCAAUUAAACAAAGUGCUGCAAUAACUCGCCGUCUUGGACACGUCGAAAGAAAUGGAGAAUCUUUUAUGGAUGGUCUAUUACGCAUGCAUGUUAAUACCUUCCUUUGUAAUGUUGGACAUCCUGACUGUUUAGAAGCGGCUAGAGUAAGCUUUGCAAACUGGAGAAAUGGUGGAUUUAUUCCAGCAAACAUGCGACAAUGGGUAUAUUGUAGUGGGCUGCGACAAGGGAAUGCUUCUGACUUUGACUUUUUCUGGAACGAGUUCCUUAACGAGGAUCUGGCCAAUAACAUAGUUGUCAUGAUUGGAGCAGCUGGAUGUACUAACGAUGUUGGAAGCCUUGAAAAAUUCUUGGACGCCAUUAUUACUGUGAAUAAUAGCGCAGAGAUUAUAAGGCCUCAAGAUAAUUCCGCGGCUUGGAGUUCUGCAGUGACUGGAAAUGAUGCCAACCCCAUUAGGGUGCUUAGUUGGCUGAAACGCAAUGUUAACCUUUUCAUUGAAAGAAAUAUUUCCUUACAAACUCCAAUCAGCAAUAUCGCAAGUCGAUUAAGAAAUGAAAAUGAAAUUUCCGAGCUGUUAUCUUGGUUAGAAGCGAACAGAGGAAUUCUCGGAAGCGCUUAUAAUACAGGUAUUUCUAACAUUGCUACUACCAGAUCUAACAUGGCGUGGUCUAGUAGACGUGUAUCCGAAUUUUCUCGAUACUUCGACACUGGUUACAUUGAAGAUAAAAUUGAUGAUGACAACGACAACGACUCGGCUAAUAUUGCAACUUUGAGUAUUGCUACCUUAUUAGCGACAGUUGCAAUCAGCCUCAACAUUUAA